AUGGCUGGAGUUCCUGUUCUGUGUGAAGCAAACUUGUCAGAAGAAAAGCAAACGUUAGUGGAAAAUAACGAUCUUCGGCUGCCACUAACUGGCAGAGCUUUAUCAGCAGAUAAUCAUUUGUUAAUACCUACUUUACCAAUAUUGUUAGAUGUAUUUCAACUAGUUAACUUCAAUCAACGAUCUGGACGCGUUUCAAAUGCUCCUUUAGAUUUACGCUUGUUGCUUCACUUCACACCUAGUCAACUACGUGAAACCGCAUCAAAUGAUGCCAUUAUUAGUUGGCUAUUUGAUUUAUUAGCAGAAUGUAUGGCAUUGCAUGCAAAUUCAAUUGUUUUUCCAGAGUAUUCAUUGCCUUUUAUCACUGAAGUAAAACAAUUCUUACAUGUUUGUCGUGUAGCCAGUUUUUGUAGACAAAUGAAAGCUUUAAUGAUUAAAGUACGCGAACAUUCAGAAUGGAUUAUUAAAUGUCGAAGGCGUGUUCGGAAUUUAGCUAGUAAGAAUGAAAUACUGAACAUUGAGUCGACGUGUACUUUUAUUGAUAAUUCAAACAAACUUCUACCAUUUUGGCAAUUCUAUGUACAACACAAACAAAUUCGUUUUAACGAGUUGAAUCGCUUAACUGAGAGUAAUAAAAAGGAACCUAUGCCAAAUACAGAUUACAAUUUAAGUAAAACAAAAACGGAAUCUGACAGUUCCAACUCCAACUCCGAGCAUAGUGAUUCAUCCUAUGAUAUUGAUGAUGGUAAAACAGUAACACAUGUAUCUAAGUCAAAAGUCAAGCAGAAAAGUAAAAAAGAGAAAAUAAAAAAACAUGAAAACAAGAAUGAUGUGAAUAGUAAGAAUGAAGAAUCGAACAAACCUACGCUAAACACUGAUGAAAGCGAUGAAAGUGAUUUUGAUUUGGAAGCUGCUUUAAUGGAUGAAGAUGAUAAAAGUGUUAAUAAUUGUGAUCUAGAUGAAUUAUCAGAUUUUGAAUUAGAAGGUGUCUCCACCGAUGAGUACAGUGAUGAAGAGAAUGAAUUAUUAAAUGAUGUUAAUAAUGACCCAAAGAAUUUCAAUGAAAAUUCUGAUAUUGAAAUGAUUGAUUUAUCAAAAUCUUUAAAGAUUUCUAAAAAACAACAAAAAGUAAAGAAAACAAAAAAGAAAACUAACAACGAUGUAGUACCUAAACAACUAAUGAAAAAAUUUGCCAACAGUACUGGAAAACUGAAAAAAAAAUCAAACGUCAUCAAUAAAACUUCAAUUAAAUCAAUAAAAUUGACUAAAAACAAGAAGGUUGAGACAAAAUAG